AUGAAGAGGGGUCCAAGUUUACAUGGAGAUAAAAUCAGUGAUAUACCUGCAAACAUCAUAGAAACCAUCCUUUCUCGUUUGUCUAUAAGGGAAGCCGUGAGAACAUGCAUCUUAUCGAAAAAGUGGAGAUAUAAUUGGGUUACUCUUCCGGAACUUAUAUUCGAUUGUUCCCUCGGAGAUGAUUUGAUAAACCAAAAUGACAAGCUUGCAAGAUUUAUUGAUGGAGUUCUCUUGAACCACAGAGGCCCAAUCUGCAAGUUCAAGAUCUCUCAUCUAUGGAUUCCAAAUUCCCCAGAUAUAAUAGAUAAGUGGAUGCUAUGCGUAUCAAGAAAUUAUAUACAAAAACUAAUCCUUCGCCUGCAGCCCCAGUUUGAGCAUUAUGAGUUACUAGCAUCUCUCUACUCUUGCGAACAACUAACUCAUUUGGAAGUCAGUUUUUGCACACUUAGAAGUCCACCAAUGCUGGCAUGCUUUAAGUCCCUCCGGAGCCUUUUUCUUUAUAAAGUUGACUGUAUUGGCUUCACAUUUGAGGAUCUUAUUUCCAGGUGCCCAAUACUUGAGAGAUUGAUGAUAGACGGGUUUACAGAUUCCACUGACCUAAUUAUCAAUGCUCCUAAGCUGCAAGAGUUAGUUGUUGAUGGUUUUUGUAAGGUCACGCAAAAUAUAUGCUUCAAGAACACCCCACUUCUAGCAUAUGUGUCUCUUAAUUUGCAAUGCUUUGGUUUCGAAGGAGUACUUAUGAAUCAUAAGCAAGAUGGAAUUUCUCGUUUGAUGAAGGUUUUUGGAAGUCUUGUUGGUCUUGAGAUGCUUUCUGUGGGUGGGAAUUUCCUGAAAUUCUUUGUUGCUGAUUUGAUACCAAAGAGGCUUUCGAAUACUUUUUAUCAUCUGAAGAAAUUGGAUCUGGAAAUCUGCUUUAAUGAUUUGCAUAUGAUCUCAGUGGGACUCUGCUUGAUUAGAAGCGCUCCCAACUUGCACAAACUCCAAAUUGAUGCUGGUUCUCAUGUUGCAUAUGUUUUGGUAUAUGUUGAUGAUAUACUCGUCACUAGUAGUGACUCCAAGCAGAUGUUUCCCCACAUUGAUACAGAAUUUUGGGAAGUACAAGAUGGACGAGAGUUCUCAUUAAACCAUCUUCAAAAUGUAAUUAUUACAAGUUUUUAUGGUCUAAAACCUCAACUAGAAUUUGUUAAAUUCCUACUCACUAUUACACCUGCUCUUGAGAAAAUCAGUAUUCAUGGCUUCAAAGAAGUUGAUGACCAAGGCCAUCUCAUGGAUGGAUCAAGCACGUUGAAGGAAUUGAUGCAAUUACCUAGAGUGUCCAUGAAAGCACAAAUUGAAUACUUUGAGAUAGGUGAAUUAGUGGAACUUGGAAAUGAAUAG